AUGGCCAACGCUCCUCACGGUGGUGUGCUCAAGGAUCUGCUCGUGCGCGAUGCUCCCAUCGCGGCGCAGCUGCGCGCCGAGGCGGACACGCUCCCCGAGCUCGUGCUCACCGAGCGUCAGCUCUGCGAUCUCGAGCUCAUCAUCAACGGCGGCUUCUCCCCGCUCCAGGGCUUCAUGAACCAGGCCGACUACAACGGCUGCCUCGACAACAUGCGUCUCACCGACGGCAACCUCUUCCCCAUGCCCAUCACCCUCGACGUCGACCAGGCGCAGAUCCAGGCGCUCGGCAUCGCCCAGGGCGCCCGCAUCGCGCUGCGCGACCCUCGCGACGACAACGCCAUCGCCACCAUCACCGUCACCGACGUCUAUGCCGUCGACAAGGUGCGCGAGGCCAAGGCCGUCUUCGGCUCCGACGACCUCGCGCAUCCCGCCAUCACCUACCUCCACAAGAGCGUCAAGCAGUUCUACGUCGGCGGCGAGGUCCAGGCGAUCUCCAAGCCCAACUACUACGACUACGCCGAGCUCCGAUACACGCCCGCCGAGCUGCGUCAGCACUUUGCCAAGAUCGCUUGGCGCAAGGUCGUCGCCUUCCAGACGCGCAACCCCAUGCACCGCGCCCACCGCGAGCUCACCGUGCGCGCCGCGCGCCAGCGCCAGGCCAACGUGCUCAUCCACCCCGUCGUCGGCAUGACCAAGCCCGGCGACGUGGACCACUACACGCGCGUGCGUGUCUACCAGUCGCUCAUGCCCCGCUACCCGAACGGCAUGGCCACGCUCGCCCUGCUCCCGCUCGCCAUGCGCAUGGGUGGCCCGCGCGAGGCGCUCUGGCACGCCAUCAUCCGCAAGAACUUUGGCGUCACCCACUUCAUCGUCGGUCGUGACCACGCCGGUCCCGGCAAGGACUCGAGCGGCAAGGACUUCUACGGCCCCUACGAUGCGCAGACGCUCGUCACCAAGUACACCGAAGAGCUUGGCAUCGAGAUGGUGCCCUUCCAGCAGAUGACCUACAUCCCCUCCACCGACGAGUACCAGCCCGUCGACGAGGUCACGCCGGGCACCCAGACCAUGGACAUUUCCGGCACCGAGCUCCGUCGCCGUCUGCGCACCGGCGCGGCGAUCCCCGACUGGUUCUCGUACGAGUCGGUGGUCAAGACGCUGCGCGAGUCGUACCCGCCCAAGGCCAAGCAGGGCUUUACGCUCUUCCUUACCGGCCUGCACAACUCGGGCAAGGACCAGAUCGCACGUGCCCUGCAGGUCAAGCUCAACGAGCAGGGUGGUCGUUCGGUCUCGCUGCUUCUGGGCGAGACGGUUCGAUCCGAGCUUUCGUCCGAGCUCGGUUUCAGUCCGGAGGACAGGCAGAAGAACAUCCAGCGUAUCGCGUUUGUUGCUGCCGAGCUCACGCGCGCUGGUGCGGCUGUGAUCGCUGCGCCCAUUGCGCCGUACGAGAAGUCGCGUUCGGCUGCUAGGGACACCAUCGCCAAGACGGGUGGUGCGGGCAACUUUUUCCUCAUCCACGUCGCCACCCCGCUCGAGUUCUGCGAAAAGACCGACAGGAAGGGCAACUACGCCAACGCGCGCGCCGGCAACAUCAAGGGCUUCACCGGCGUCGACGACGUCUACGAGGAGCCCACCGAUGCCGACCUCGUCGUCGACAUCAGCACCCAGUCUGUCGCCGAGAUCACCCACUCCAUCAUCCUCCUCCUCGAGGCCCAGUCGCUUAUCUAG